CCACACUCAGACCUCAGCCUAGACCUGCUCCGGGACCUCCAAACCCCCGACCGAGACCUCACCCCGGACUAUCCCAGACCCGCUAAAAUGCUCUAGACCUUUCUGUCCCGGGACUUUGUGGAUUUAAAGACGGUUUUGUUGAAUUUUUUUUAUUUUGUUUUUUGUGGUGAAGAUUUGCCACAAAAUGGAGCGUGCCUGAACUGAGGCCCUCAGAGAUCAGUGACCUCCUCCCGCUCUCCUGCCCGCCUCAGGAUGGACGUGUUUGGGGGAGCUCCGCGGUUCCUGGCCUAUCCCCGCCCGGUGCUGGUCCAGAGCGGCACUGACGCGGUCCUAAAGUGUCAGAUCGGAGGAGACCCGAGACCGGCCGUGAUCUGGGAACGUAACAAUGGGAAGAUAGAUCCCCAGGGCCGAUACCGCGUUUUCGAAGACGGGAACGUUUAUAAUCUGAUCAUCACUUCGGUCACGAUUGAGGACAGUGGACAGUACAUCUGUAAGGCCAAAAACAGCAUCGGAGAGACGUACGCCGCGGCGACGCUAAAGGUGGAAGGAGAGGCUCAGGAGAUGGAGCUACGAGAGGAGAACAAGCCACGUUUUCUGAUCAAACCGUUGUCGACGCGAGCCGGACGCGGAGAGGACGCUGUGUUCUCGUGUAAAAUCUGGGGCAACCCUAAACCCGACGUCGUUUGGGAGAAAGACGGCAAAAAACUGAACGAUAUUUUCGAAAGUACUCAUUUUAGCGUCGGCUCGCAGGACGGCGGAUGGUUUCAGCUUAAGAUUUUCAAAACGCGAGCACCAGACGGAGGAGUUUACACGUGCAAAGCGAGGAAUGAGUUUGGCGAAGCGCUAGCCGGGGCCGUGCUGUUGGUCGAUGCGGGACCCGGACACGACGACGAAGCGAACAGAAACGGAUACACAAACGGACAUUGGAAAUCUAUCCCGGGACGGAGCGGACGGCCGGCGCCAAAUCGCUUAAACGAUACGAUGACGAAAACUGCCAAAGUGAAAAUGUUUGCGGUGACAGAAGGGAAGCAUGCGAAAUUCCGGUGUUUUGUGACGGGAAAACCGAAGCCAGAGAUUAUCUGGAGGAAAGACGGCCGUCUGAUCCUGUCCGGGAGGAGGUACCUGUUGUACGAGGACAGAGAGGGAUACUUCACGCUCAAAGUGUUGUACUGUAAACAGAAGGAUAAUGGAGUGUACGUGUGCGCCGCGUCGAAUACGGCUGGACAGACUCUGAGCGCGGUGCAUCUGUCAGUCAAAGAGCCCCCGGUGCGGUUCAAACAGCCGCUCAUCGACCUGGAGGUCUGGGAGCGGGACCUGGCCGUCCUGGAGUGCGAGGUGCCCGAGGACUCCGUGCCGAUCACCUGGUACCUGGAGGACCGGCGCCUGCAGCCCGGCGCCAAGUACGACAUGGAGCAGUGGGGCACGAAGAGACGACUGACCAUCAGGGACAUCGGGGUGGACGACGACGGGAUCUACCUGUGCGAGAUGCCCGACGGGGGGAGGAGCAUCGCGGAGGUCGCCGUCAAAGGCACCAUCGUGAGGAAGCUGCCCCGUAAAGUGGACGUCCUGGAGGGGGAGAACGCCGCCUUCUGCGUGGAGGUGGAGAAGGAGGAGAUGGACAUCCACUGGUACAAAGACGGCGUGGAGCUGAGGGAGACGCACCAGACCAUCCUCAAGUCGUUCGGACGCACUCACAUCCUGGUCUUCGUCAACACCAUGCCCCAGGACACGGGGCAGGUCAUGUUCUUCGUGGGACGGUCCAAGACGUCCUCCCAGCUCAGGGUCAAAGCGGCGCGUCACUGCCCCCCCAGCGCUCCGGUCGGCGUGCAGAUCAACACGGAGCGAGCCAACGCCGCUCUGCUCUCCUGGAUCCCGGCUCAAGAUUCUCGGAAAAACCCUCCGUCCGGGUACGUCCUGGAGAGGCAGGAAGUGGGCACGGGCUCCCAGGAGUGGCUCCAGUGCCUGACCACGGACUCGGCGACGUCCGUGGAGAUCCUGGGCGACAGCGUUCCCUGCGAGGCCGACUACCGCUUCAGAAUCUGCAGCGUCAACAAGUACGGCAAGAGCAACAACGUGGAGUUCCCCCGCACCGUCCAUCUAGUCCCAGUGGCGAGGAUCCAGGCUCCGCUGCAGGACGCUCUGGUCCCGGAGGGGCAGGACGCCAUCUUCUCCAUCGAGCUCACGGCCUCCAUCAUCGGGACCUGGUUCAUAAACGGGACUCAGAUCCAGGAGGACGAGCGUUUUUCCAUGAGAAGAACCCGGACACACCAGUCCCUGCGGAUACGCGGAGUACGAGACACGGACAACGGGGCGGAGAUCACGUUUAUCGCCUACGGGAUCAGGGACUCUGCCGCUCUCUAUAUACAAGCUCCUCUGGUGAAGUUCUUGCCUCUGUCUGAGAUGGACAGGAAUAAGUUUGUGGAGAUGGGGAACCCCAUCGUCUUAUACUGUGAGCUGUCAGACCCCGCGGCCCCCGUGCACUGGUACAAGAACGGAGUCGAACUACAGACCACCGAGGCCCUGCACAUCCAAUCAGAGGGCACCAUGAGACGCAUCGUCAUCCAGUCGGCGGAGUUCUCACACUCCGGCGUUUACUGCUGCGACGCCAUCGAUGACGUCAUCCGGUUCAACGUAGAAGUGGAAGCUCCGCCCGUGAGGUUUUCAGCCGUGCCAGAGGCUGAGAGGAGCAAAACCGUGCACCGCGGUCGGCCUCUCCUUUUACACUGCGAGGUGUCCGAGCCCUCGGCGCAGGUCCAGUGGUACAAAGACGGGUCCAAGGUCCCUCCUCAGACCGGACUCGAGGUUCUGUCGGAGGGUCGGGUCAGAUCGCUGCUCGUUCACGCCGCGGAAAUGUACCACUCCGGACUGUACUGCUGCAAAACCAAAGGAGACGCCGUCAGCUUCGAUGUAGACGUCACAGCUCCGGCCGUCGUGUUUGAGCCCGUGUCAGAGGACGCCCGCUCCCUCUCCGUCCCGGUGGGCCGUCCCAUAGAGCUGCGGUGUUCGGUGUCGGACCCCCAGGCCCCGGUGCGGUGGUACCACGACGACGCCGAGCUCGGGCCGGACUCGGGUUGCCAGAUCUGGGCCGAGGGCGUCAAACGGGCGCUGUGCGUGCGGUCCGCGGAGAUGCGCCACUCGGGGCUUUACUCCUGCGCCACGGCCGACGACUCUGUGGAGUUCACCGUCGACGUCCAAGCCAUCCCCGCCCCCACAGUCUUUGAGCGGAGGAGAUCUCUAGAAGCAGUCGCACCUCUGGAGUUGGAAUGCAACGUUCCCGACUCGGCAGUUUCCAUUUGCUGGUUUAAAGACGACCACGAACAACAACAGGAACAACAAGAACGACAAGAACAACAACAACAACAACAAGUCCUCCCAAAACGAAACCAAAUUUGUGAAGAGCAGAGAGACAGAGAAACAGAAAUUAUGUUCUCUCCGUCUCCUGAUGAGAUCUUGAGCUCAGGUUUAAACCGAAGUGAGGCCCUUGACGACAAAGUCCACGUCUCUGUUCGCCAAAAAGCUUCGUCAUUGCCACCGUCGCCCGCACCUGAUGUUCUGGAGAUGGUUGAAGACACUUGCUCAAUGGAAGCUUGUGCAAAACUGGAUGGUGAGGUGCAGGUUUCAGCACCGCUUCGUAAAGAGUCUAUUUCUGAAGCUGAAAUUGAGACAGUCCACGCGGAGAAGGCCCUUAUAUUCGAACCCACGCAUUCUGCAAACUCGGGGUCGUACUUUUGCGCAACAGCUGACGAUGUUGCACCACUCAUAGCAAAAAACCAAGCGGAGAAGACCAGUCCGAUCGCUGGGCCAAAUUCGAUAGUUCAACAGUUUGAAAUCUCCGAUCCGGUGGCAAAAGCGUGCUGGUACAAAGACGGAACGCCCAUCUCUCCCGAGACAGAUGACCUCCACGAUCUCCAAGAGCUCCACAAUCUCCAAGAGCUCCACGACCUCCACGAUCUCCAAGAGCUCCACGACCCCCACAAACUCCAUGAACUCCACGAUCGCCACGAACUCCACGAUCGCCAUGAUCUCCACGAACUCCACGAUCGCCACGACCUCCACGACCCCCACAAACUCCAUGAACUCCACUAUCGCCACGAACUCCACGACCUCCACGAUCGCCACGAACUCCACAAACUCCAUGAACUCCACGAUCGCCACGACCUCCCUGGCCUCCACAACCUCCAUGACCUACAUGACGUUAGUGAUCAGAAAUGCCCAGACGUGCCCCAAAAUCCUGAACUAAACCAUGACAUCGGACAACGCUUUAGUCCUGGACAAUGCCAUGGUCAGAGAUGGUCCACUAGUCCAGUAGAGGUCCAUUCGCCAGUACAUAUCCACAGUCCAGUAAAGAGUUAUGGUUCUGGACAGUUCUUUAGUCCAGUUCAGACCCCAUGCUCCUCUGCUCAUAGGACAGAGGGUUUUGAGUCCACAAACCAGGCCAUGCCAAAUCUGAGCGUUAAAGAGCAGAGUCACAGCCCUGACAGUGAGAGCGCUGAAUCUGCCCACACCUCAGUGGAAGUUAAAGCCCCAGCGGCGCGUCCCUCGAACCAAGAGAGGAGCAGAGAGAAAGAGGAAGAGGACAGAAAGAGGAGCAGGGCUGGAGAUGAAGAGGGACCAGAGAGGAGCAGGGACGGAGACGAAGUGGGUAGAAAAGACAAGGGCCCAGUGGAGGAGGAUGAGAGCCCAAAGGAUGAGAGCCCAGAGGAUGAGAGUCAAGAGGAUACGAGCCAAAAGAAGGAGGGAACAGGGGAGGAGCCAAAGGAGCAGCAUGAUGCAGAGGAGGAGGGCCCUGAGGAGGUCACCUCUUCAGCUCUAACCUGCUUUGCUGGUUGCAGCAACAGAAGACCAAAGACCAAAAUAAAUCCAGAACAUUCCAAUCCAUUUCUCCGCCCUACUCUGAGGUCACAGGCUGAAGCAGCUUCACUGAAGAAACUGAACCAACUGUUGGAAAAAAAGACUGAGUCCAUCUCCAGAAAAGCCUUUUGUGAUGUGCCUCUUCAGCUCGUGGGUGAAUCUGUGACAGAAACACAGUCUGAGGUCUCAGAGUCUGAGGCUGUCCUAACACGGCUGAAUGAUCGUUCAAAACAAACUGAGCAUGCUCAGACCACAGUCUGUGUAAACUCCGCAGCUCAAAGCCUUACAGAGAGACACACAGAAGGGCUGAGGGAGGACUUUAUUUACUUCACACAGCACACAGUCCCUCAGACCGAGGACAGAAGUUCCCCCACAGCCUCUUCUCAGUCCAACCUGCUACAUCAGACCUGUACCAGACCUGCUCUCUCAGUCCCUCCUGUGCACACACAGGGCACACCUUUGCCUCAGCUCCAGAGUGCACAGGUUUCAGCUGAAGCUUCAUCACAACAGUUUAAGCUCCCUCCUCACGCUGAAGCUUCAUCACAACAGUUUAAGCUCCCUCUUCACGCUGAAGCUUCAUCACAACAGUUUAAGCUCCCUCUUCACGCUGAAGCUUCAUCACAACAGUUUAAGCUCCCUCUUCACACAGAUGUUUCACAUGUGACCUUUGAUCCUGGGGUUAAAGGGACAAGGACACUCCAGUCUUUAGACACACUUAGAUCUGCACACAAAGACUCUGCCAGAGUCUCAGACUCUGCCAGGGUCCAGACUUUGUCAGAACAGUGUUUAAAUACUGCACAUUUGGCACAAGUCCUUCCACAGCAGCUUGCACACACAGGUCAGACCUCGUCAGUCCAAUGGGAGGACCUCCACAGUGCAGGCUCCAUGUCUGCAGUUGUACCGGAGAGUAUCCUGUCCACCCAAACCUUAGCCGAUCUGAACUGCAUGGAGCUGAGUAAGUCCAGGACAAACUGUCAGAACAUCUGUCAAACUGCAGAGAUGUGCGAGGACCUGAGGGACUCUAGCGCUCAGGAGCUCGAGAAGUUUUGUCCCAACAAAUUCAACUAUGAAGAGCCAAUCUCAGGGACUGUUCUUAAGUGUAUACAGCCUGAAGCUCAGACCAGCCUGCACAUCGCUCCCUGUGGUCAGACACAUCUGUACAGCUCCCAGAGUGUCUUGGGUAACUCUCUUCAGUCUGUCUGUGACCUACCGGAACAGGUCUGUCAUUUACCUGAAUCAAACCAGUCCCAGAUCACAUCUGUGCAGAGAACACUAAGUUCAGGCUUCCAUCAGAAGGAGGGAGAAGGUUCCUCCAUGACUCCUCAGAUGUCUCACACCGAGCAGACUGCAGCUCAGACCAAAGCAGCCUCCAAGGGCUCAGAGGAGUUCGAUUUCUGUAAAAAUUUUGGAGAUCACUGCGUUGACAGAGUCACUGCGAAUAAGGUGGCUGCAGGUGAUUUCAAUGCUCCAGUCACUCUCACUGCGGUGGGACACACGCAGAGGUCAUGUGACGCGGGCCAGGACAUAGAUCUGACCUGUGAAGUGUCCGACCCCAAAGAGCCUGUGUCAUGGUUCAAAGAUGGAGCUCCGGUCAGUGAGGGCGCUGCUCUGAAGACACUGUCUGAUGGCUCAAAGCGGCAUCUGAGCAUCGUCACAGCCGCCCCAGGGCACUCUGGCAUUUACAGCUGCCACACGAGCAGCCAAUCAGUGCAGUUUCAUGUGGAGGUCAAAGCUCCGCUGCUCAGGUUCUCUGCUCUGCCGGAGGAGGAGCAGAGGAAGUCUGUGGUGGAGGGCCAUCCUCUGGCUCUGCAGUGCGAACUCUCACACGCCUCAGGCCAGGUCACAUGGUACAAGGAUGGGGCGGAACUUCUGCCCGACAGUGGAGUGGACAUCCAGUCCGAGGGCCAGAAGAGGAGCGUGUAUGUGCCCUCUGCGGAGAGGCAGCACUGCGGCGUGUACCGCUGUGAAUCUAAAGACGACGACAUCCAGUUCACUGUGGAUGUCCAAGAUGUGGAGUCAGGAGUGAAACCAGUGACGUUCUUAGAGCUUCCAGACUCAGAGAGAAAACAGGAAGUGUGUGAAGGUUCUGCUGUGGUUCUUCGGUGUGAGCUGAGCCAGGAACCCUCUGCAGAAGUCAGAUGGUCCAGAGACGGAGAGAAGGUCCAUCCAGAUGCUAACACAAAAAUACUCGAGGAGGGCUUGGUCCGAACUCUCAAAAUCCACUCAGCAGAACCAAAGCACAGUGGUGUCUACAAGUGCUCCACAAAUGAAGAUAUGGUCCAGUUUGAGGUGGACGUCAAAGGCCGCGCUCCUCCUCACAUCUUACCUCUCGCGCUGUCAGACAAACACGUGCUCGUGGCCGUGGGUUCUCCCAUUGUCCUGCAGUGCCAGGUGUCGGAGCCCGCGGCGCAGGUCACGUGGGCCAGAGACCAGGUGGAGUUAUUCUGUAGGACGGGUUUGGACAUGAAGCGAGACGGCUGCGUGAGGAAGCUGAUGGUGCACUGUGCUAAGCCGAGCGAUGCCGGUUUGUACAGCUGCAGCCUCGCACAAGAUGUAGUCACGUUUAGAGUCCACGUGCAAGCAUCUCCAAUGAGAUUCUCCACGCUCCCCCUGGUGGCUAAGAACAAGUUUGCGGAGGCGGGAUGCCCCAUUAUGCUACAGUCUGAGGUGUCCCAAGUCUGGUACAAAGACGGGCACAUGCUAUUACCCCAGGGCGAGUGUGGUGUUCAGAGCCCAGAACGGCAGGUGAAGGAGGACAGGUGUGGCGCAGAUGGACAGGCGCCUCUGGACAGGUGUGGCGCAGAUGGACAGGCGCCUCUGGACAGGUGUGGCGCAGAUGGACAGGCGCCUCAGGGCGGGUGUGGCACAGACGGACAGGUGCGGGAGGAUAUGUGCGGCGCAGACCGACAGAUGCCUCUGCCCUGGUCCGAGUUGGAGCUCCAGAGCGUGGACAGGCUCAGGGCUUUGGUCAUUCCCUCCGCCCGGGUCACACACACCGGUCUGUACCAGUGUGAGGCCGUAGACGACUCCAUCAGUUUCAAGGUGGAUGUUGCAGCUGUUCCAGAGGCGGAUUCGGGCACAGUGGUCCCAGAGCAGAAUGAGCAGUUUGACAGGAGCAGCCGCACCUGUCACUUUACCGACCCGAACCAGCACCUGCCAAUAUCUGAGCUGUGCCGUGAAGCGGGGCGCACACGGGAGACGGCGCCCCCUGCAGUUUCACAGCCGUUUUUGCCUGUUUCCAAAGACGAGUCCGUUUCAUUGGACCAAGCUCCUCCGGUCACGUUCAGAGAAAUCCCAGAGGAGGAUCUGCUGAGGACCGUGGUGGAGCAGGAGGAGCUGGUACUGUCCUGUGAAGUCUCCAUGCCUGAGGGGGAAGUGCAGUGGUACAAAGACGGUGCAGAGAUCCAACCAAACGAGGGCAUAGUUAUUCAGGCUGAAGGCACCACCAGGACUCUAACCCUCCUCUCAGCUCAGCUAUCAGACACCGGAACGUUCUCCUGCCGAACCGGAGACAAUGUGGUCAUGUUCAAGGUCACUGUACGAGAGCCUCCGGUCAUGAUCGUCUACCCCAAAGAGGACGUACAUUUGGACCGUCACGUCCCAGAGGAGGUGAUUCUGAGCUGCGAGCUGUCGCGGCCGAACGGAGCCGUGAGCUGGUACAAAGACGGACAAAAGCUUCAGGAGAGCGAGAACAUCAAACUGAAGGUGGAGGGCCCGUACAGAAGACUGAAGAUCACGUCCUGUCGGGUGGAGGACUCGGGGGAGUACGUCUGCGACACCAACCACGACUCCAUCUUCUUCCAGCUCAAUAUCACAGAGCCCCCGGUUCGUAUCGUCUCGCCGAGUCAGUCCCAGAUGGAGCUGUGUCAGCAGACGUCCGAGCGCAUGGUCCUGAGCUGUGAGAUCUCCCGUCCGAACGCGGUGGUGCGCUGGUACAGGGACGGACUGCAGGUGGAGGAGAGCCAGAACCUUCUCAUCGAGGAGGACGGAGUCUACAGGAGACUCAUCAUCCCGAAAACCACCGUCCAGGACUCGGCCGAGUACGUCUGCGACACGGCCGACGACUCCAUGACCUUCUUCGUCAACAUUGCAGAGCCUCCUGUCCGCUUCGUCCGACCUCGCAAAUCGACGAGUAAAGUGGAGCGCGCGGUCGGGGAGGAGGUGGUCCUGGAGUGCGAGGUGUCCAGGCCGAACGCGGAGGUGACCUGGAAGAGGAACGGAGACGAGGUGGAGGACUCGAAGAACAUCUCGAUCCUGGAGGAGGGCGUGGCGAGGCAGCUGACCAUCUACGCCCUGUCCGAGGAGGAGGCGGGGCAGUACGUGUGCGACGCCAAGGACGACCUCAUGGACUUCACCGUCACUGUCAGAGAGCCUCCAGUGAGGAUCGUGGGUAAACCCGAGGGCCGCACGGAGAAGACGUUUCUGGUGGAGGAUGACAUCAUUCUGGUGUGCGAGCUGUCGAGAGCGAACGCCGCGGUUACAUGGAGCAAAGACGGGCGCCCCCUGGAGGAGAGCGAGCGGUACUGUGCAGAGGAGCAGGGCGUGUUCAGGUCUCUGGUGGUUCUGAACGCAGAGCUGCAGGACUCCGGAGAGUACAGCUGUGAGGCCGAGGACGACAGCAUGGUCUUCUACAUCACUGUCAAAGAGCCUCCAGUCCAGAUCGUGGGAAACUCUGGUACUCCUGAGCGCCACCUGCUGUUGUGUGGGGAGGACUUGGUGUUGGAGUGUGAGGUUUCUCGGGCCGACGCGGAGGUGCGAUGGCUGAAGGACGGAGAAGAGCUGAGUCCGGACGAGAGAGUGACCGUCCAGAGCGGCGACGUCCUGAGGAAGUUUGUCCUGAUGAACCUGCAGACGUCCGACAGCGGAGAGUACACCUGCGACGCCCGAGACGAUCGAAUGGUCACCAUCGUCGAAGUGCAGGAGCCUCCCGCCUCGUUCAUAAACAAACCCGCGGUCCCCUCGUCCCUCACGGUCUACGAGGGCGAGAGCGUCACCCUCUCCGCGGAGCUGACUCGUGAGCUGGGCCGGGGUCAGGCUGAAGUGCGUUGGCUGAAGGACGGGCAGCUCCUGAACGCGGAGAACAUCCACAUCUCCAGCUGUGGAGCGGAGCAGAGGCUGACGCUGAGCCCGCUGCAGCUCAGCGACUCCGGGGAGUACGUGUGCGACGCAGGGACCGACCAGAUGGACUUCAGUCUGCUGGUCAAAGAGAUGAAGGUGAAGUUUGUGCGCCCCCUGCAGAGUACGGUGGCCACGAAAGGACACAGCCUGACGCUCCAGUGUGAGGUGAACAAGGCCAAAGGAGACGUGCAGUGGCUGAAGGAUGGCCAGGAGGUGCCGCCGUGCCGCAGGUUCACCAUCCGAGCGCUGGGGCGAGAGAGGAGCUUCACUAUUCACCAGGUUUCCGAGGAAGAUGGAGGAGAGUACACGUGUGCUUCAACUGACGACAGGACCACGGCCGCUGUCACUGUGCAGGCGCCUCGUGUGGUGGAGUUCAUCGCGGGCCUUCGGAGCGUCACCGUGCGGGAGGGGGAGGAGGCCGUGUUUAAAUGCGUGGUGUCUCCGGAGGACGUCGCCCUCGUGUGGCAGAUCAACGGACAGGCGCCCCCGAGCGAACGCGCCACAGCGACGCAGAACGGCACCUGCCACACCCUGCGCCUCGACGGGUGCAGAGUAGGGGACUGCGGCAGGGUCAGCGCCAACGCCGAGGGCCAGGUGUCCACCGCCGAGCUGCAGGUGCAAGAGCCGCAGGUCGUGUUCACGCGUCAGAUGGCGGCGGUCUCGUCAGAGGAGUACGGCGAGGCUCUUCUGGAGGUGGAGGUGAGCCAGGACUCGGGGGAGGUCCAGUGGAUGAGGCAGGGCGUCCUGCUCCACGCCGGGCCCAAGUACAGCCUCCUGAAGCGGGGACGCACGCACAGCCUCAGGGUCCACCGCCUCGUUCUGUCCGACAGCGGGAAAUACAGCUGUGAGACGCUGCACGACCGAACACAGGCCCAGCUCACCGUCACACCUCGUCGCAUCUCCAUAACGAAGGGCCUGUCCGACAUCAGGACCACAGAGAGGGAGACGGCGUCCUUCGAGGUCCACCUGUCCCACCCGGACCUGAGCGGGACCUGGUUCAGGAACGGGACUCGGCUGAAGCCCGGCGCUCACUUCAGGAUGAGCUCCACGGGCCCGGUCCACAGCCUGACCAUCAGCCACCUGAGCGUGGACGACACGGGCAGCUUCAUGUUCUGUGUGGACGAGCUGAAGACCACGGCCAGACUCGUGGUCCGAGAACCUCCGGUGUCGAUCUUCAGGAAACUGGAGGAUCAGAGGUUUCCCGAAGGAGCCGUGAUCUCCGUGGAGUGCGAGCUGUCGAGACACAACGUGGACGUCAAGUGGAUGAAGAACGGAGCUGAGGUGAGGCCCAGUAAAGAGCUGAGGAUCUACGCUAUGGGCCGGAAGAGGUUCCUCCAGGUCAUGAAGUGUCGAGUGAGCGACUCUGGAGUUUACACCUGCGACGCCGGAGACGCCAGCACCUCCUGCAGCGUGGAGGUCUAUGAGCGAGAGUUGGUGAUUCUUCAGGAGCUGGAGGAUCUGGAGAUCGAAGAAGAUCAGAACGCCGUGUUUAUGUGCGAAGUGUCUGUGGAGGAUGUGCAAGGAGAAUGGUACAAGAAAGGAGAGAAGAUCGAGAACACGAGCACGAUCAAAACACGACAGGAAGGCACUAAACACUUCCUGCUCAUGUGUAACGUUCGACCGGAGGAUUCUGGAGAGAUCAAGUUUGUGGCUCGACACGUAGAGUCCGUGGCCUUUCUGGACGUGGAAGAGCUGCCCGUGAGCAUCGUGAAGCCUCUGCAGGACCAGACGGUGGUGGAGAGGACCCGGGUUCUGAUGGACUGCACCGUGUCAAACCCGCGCUGCUCCUGUCGCUGGUACCGGGGCUGCAGCGUGAUCCUCCCCUCCGAACGCUUCGAGAUCUGCAGCGAGGGGUGCAUCAGGAAGCUCAUCAUACAGCAGGUGGCGCUAGAGGACGAGGGGACGUACAGCGUGCAGGUGGGAGAGCACAGCUGCUCCGCCAAGCUCACCGUGGAGGCCCAGUCCGUGUCCCUGGUCCGUGAGCUCUCGGACGUCCAGGUCCUGUCGUCAGAGGAGGCCUGUUUCGAAGUGGAAGUGUCCGUCCCGGUCCAGAAGGCUCCCGUCUGGACUCUGAACGGAGAGGUGCUCCAGCCCAGCUCCCGGAUCCUCGUGGAGAAGAUGGGAACGCUGCACAGACUGACCUUCAGAGCGACGUCGGAGGAGACGAGCGGAGACGUGGAGUUUAUUGUCGGGAAAACCAGGAGCAGGGCCAGGCUGACCGUCAUCUCUGACCCCGAGUGACGCCUGUCCGCUCCUCGUCAGCGCUGACCCAGGAACCUGGCGAGAUCCGAGUCCAAGAUCCGGUCCCGGGUCCAGAUCUAAACCCUGGUCCAGAGCCAAGAUCAUAAAACUUCCUGUCAGCGUCUACUUAGCGCUGACCGUCUCAUUACAUGACAUUACGUCGACGUUCAUUUCCUCCAGCGCGUGUGACAUGUUUUCACGUUUUUUUAUCAUUUGGACGUGGUUUUGUGCUAAAUAUUUCUUAGUUUUACAUCGGUUAAGUGUCAGUUUGCAGAAAAAUAAGUCGAGAAUAAGAAAAACUAAGAAAAAUAUAGGAGGUAGCGCUGCGUUUUGAAACAGAAUCCCUCUAUUUAUGUCGUCAACAUCAAACGUUACGCAACAAAAAAACAAAGUCGCCGCUUCUUCAGUUUUGGUCACUGCUGGACACUGCCUUAUAUCUGUCUGAAGGGAGGGGCUAACGACUCUGAAACUGUAAACCGCCGUCGUCUCCGGUUUCAGCCUUUAAUGGCCCUACUCAACCUUCAAGAAAAAGACAGGAAAUGGUUUGAGACGGGAGGUAAAGAGCAUGUUUUUGUUAGGAAAGACGCUCCUUCCUUAAACAGACAUAACCUCUCGCAGAUUUAUAAUUCCAUCCUCAGACCCAAAGCGAACAAAUGAGACAAAGAGAACACUAGUAGGGCCAUUAAAGGUCGAAUGGAUCCAAUUUUACAGAUUUGACUUCGUCUUUUGCGAUGGAUCAGACCUGGACGACUGAGGGAUUACACACACACACACACACACCAAACAUUACAUCCAAAACGCAAAACAAUUUAGAUACAACGAAGGCGUUUUUCUGACAGUUUAAACCUUCAUAAAAAAAGUCUCGUCAUUUAUUUUUAUUGUUCUAAUCUAAGUCUAAACUAUUGUGAUGGGAAGAAUACUUUGAAAAAUGUAUUUAGUUACAAAAUACUGUAUACCUGCAUUAAAAUGUAUUUUGUAACGAAUUCUGAUACAUGGGCCAAGCAGAGUACUGUACUCUGAAUACUCUGAAUACUCUGAAUACUCUGAAUACUCUGAAUACUCUAAAUACUUUAACGCCAUUUUUAUAGAGUAAACACACGAGCUAUAGUUACAAACAGCUUUAUUUUUGGAUUAGUUUAUGUCUAAUUAGAGAAGAAUCACACACACACACACACAGGCACACACAUAUACACACACACACACACACACUACAAGAGCUCUGUCUGUGUGUGUUUUCUUGUUCUCUCAUUAAUCCCGCGCAGUUCAAAGCCAAAAUUACAUAAUAAAGUCGUGUCAUGGACUCCUUAAAUUUUAGGAAACUUCCUUCUGAAAAUACAACAAAAUGCUCCAGAAUACAGUUACUCAUAAUUAGUACUUUUGUAUACGUAUUUUUGGUACAUGUAUUCAUAACAAAAGACGAAAUUUAAACAUCAACUGCACAAACCUUUUCGCUGUCUCCAGUUUCAGCCUUCACGACCCUAUUCGACCUUUAAUGGCCCUCCUAUUGUUCUCUUUUGUUCCUUUUGUUUGCUUUGGGUCUGAAGAUAAAGUUAUAGAUCAAAUAUAUAUAUGUGUGCGUGUAUUCGGUUACUUCCAAACGCUGCGUAUACCCGUGUCCAACCAGGAAGUAAAAUGAUAAACUUAAUCAAAAUGUAAAAAAAACGAACAAACUAGGUCAUAUUUUUUAGUAAAAUCGAUAAAUCUAUAAUGACGUUAGCGAUGUUUUUGUGAAAUUAGCAGUUCUAACCCGUCACGUGCACUUUAACCCAGAUCUGAACUUUAAACCACGUCGAUCUAAUAAUAAACGACCUGAUUUUGCGGCAGGUCCCCACAGUGCGAGUGUGUACAGUGUUUGGUCCCCACAAUGUGACAAAUACCCGCCCACACCCAAGUCUCAAGUCCAGGCCUGAAACCAGAUCCAAAUAUAGACCCUGGUCCAGGAUCCAGAUCUACAACGAAGACCUCGAAGACCCCGAGACAGACCUGGACCAGAACUAGGUCUAGGUUCACACUUGGACUUAUUUGGUCUCGGUUUGAGCCCAGUUUAGUCCUGAUGUCGACUUUGGUUUGGUCCUGGUUUAGUCUCGGUCCAGUCCGGGUUCAGUUUCAGCUUUAGCCACACGUUUUCGCGCUAAUGGCAGAUCAUAUCAAACACAGAUGGGGGUAGAUUAAAUUAAUAUACUGGAUUUUCCGGACUAUACGUCGCUCUGGAGUAUAAGUCGCACCAACGAAAAAAAGCAUAAUAAUGAAGAAAAAAACAUAUAUAAGUCGCAAAAGUCAAAAUAAAUGCAUAGUAAUAAAGAAAAAAAUAAUUAAAUAAAUAAAUAAAUAAAAAACAAACAAAAAAAACACAUAUAUAAGUUUUUCUGGAGUAUAAGUCACACCAGCC